GUGUUGAAGUUUCUUGAGACUGUGUUUGAGUUACACAAUGUUAAUGAUAGGAGAGGAAUACAUGUUAAGUUGUGCAUCCCCUGCCCUUGUAGUAAGAAUACUGAACAUAUGCAGAUACUGGGAGAUUUUAAACAAGACUUGCUUCCAUGUGGACGAGACCGAGUGAGAAUAACACGCUACCAACAGUUAUUUGGAGAUGGUAACAUAACUGAAAAAGGAAGUGUUUUGGAUGAUGAACAGUUACUCAGAUUGUGUGAUGCAAUGGAUAGCAAUUGGAGAAGGCUUGGAGUUCAGCUUGGAUUAAGUCAUUCAGAAAUACAGAAACUUGAAAGUGAUAAUGUUCAAGAAAAGGAUGCAGUGAUGUUUGUUUUACUUUACGUUAUAAUCAGGUAUGAAACUUCCUAUAGGAUUAAUAAAGUUACCAUCUAUCCUUGUAUUAUAAUUUUAUAA